AGUCGCACAAUUAUGAAAAAGCAACCUUCCGCUGGAGCUGCAGCCGAAGCGGAUCUCUCCAACCUCCAGCGGGCUUCCCCUCCAGGGCCGACCGAGAGAACCGGUAGAUGGACAGCAGCCACGCCGGAGCCCUGCCGCAGUCUCACCGGUGAAGAGGAUGUCCCAGAAACCCUGGAUAGAAAUCACUUUCACCAAGAGGGAAUGUGUGUACAUACUUCCAGUGUCAAAGGACCCCCACAGAUGUCUUCCAGGAUGCCAGAUCUGUCAACAGCUAGUGCGGUGCUGCUGUGGGCGGCUGGUGCGGCAGCACGUUGGCUUCACAGCCAGCGUGGCCACCAAGUACUCCGAUGUGAAGUUGGGUGAAAAUCCCAACCUGCCUAUGCCCGAGCUGGAGGAGUGGUCCGUGGAAAAGCACACGGAGGCGAGCCCCACCGAUGCUUAUGGAGUCAUCAACUUCCAGGGAGGGUCUCACUCAUACAGAGCCAAGUAUGCGCGCCUGGCCUACGACACUCGGCCAGAGAACAUUCUACGGCUGAUGCUGAAGGAGUGGCACAUGGAGCUUCCCAAGAUCCUCAUUUCUGUCCAUGGAGGAGUUCAGAACUUUGAGCUGCACCCGCGCAUCAAGCAGGUGGUGGGAAAGGGCCUGAUCAAAGCUGCAGUCACCACCGGGGCCUGGAUCCUGACCGGAGGGGUCAACACGGGUGUGGCCAAGCAUGUGGGAGACGCUCUCAAAGAACACUGUUCAAGAUCAUCCAAGAAAAUCUGCACUAUUGGAAUCGCAUCGUGGGGAGUCAUUGAAAACAGGAACGAUCUUAUUGGAAAAGAUAUCGUAGCUCCUUAUCAGACGCUGCUGAAUCCUCUCAGCAAACUAAAUGUUCUCAACAAUCUGCAUUCCCAUUUCCUCCUGGUGGACGAUGGGACGGUCGGCAAGUACGGCGCUGAGGUGAAACUGCGGCGUGACCUAGAGAAACACAUCAACCUGCAAAGAAUACAUGCACGAAUUGGUCAGGGUGUUCCUGUUGUGGCGCUGAUAUUUGAAGGUGGUCCCAACGUGAUCCUGACGGUGCUGGAGUACCUGCAGGAGAGCCCUCCCGUCCCCGUGGUCGUGUGCGAGGGAACUGGCCGCGCCGCCGACAUCUUGGCCUACGUCCACAAGCAGACGGAGGAGGGAGGAGGUCUCCCUGACGGGGUGGAGACGGACAUCAUCGCAACCAUCAAGAAAACCUUCAACUUCAGCCAGAGUGAUGCCAUUCAUCUUUUUCAGACUCUGAUGGAGUGCAUGAAGAGCAAAGAACUGAUCACUGUGUUUGACAUCAGCUCCGAGGAACACCAGGAGAUUGACGUUGCCAUUCUGAGGGCCUUACUCCAAGGUACAAACGCGACUGCCUUCGAUCAGCUGGUCCUGACUUUGGCCUGGGACCGCGUAGACAUUGCCAAGAAUCACGUGUUUGUGUACGGACAACAGUUACUGGUGAGUUCUUUGGAGCAGGCGAUGUUGGACGCACUCGUGAUGGACAGAGUGGACUUUGUGAAGUUGCUCAUAGAAAACGGCGUAAGCAUGCACCGUUUCCUGACGAUCAGUCGGCUGGAGGAGCUCUACAACACGAAACAACCUCCCAACAACCCAACUCUCCUUCACCUGGUUAGAGAUGUCAAACAGAGUAAUCUUCCGCCAAACUAUAAGAUCAGUUUGAUCGACGUGGGCCUGGUCAUUGAGUUUCUGAUGGGUGGGACUUACAGGUGCAACUACACCAGGAAACGCUUCAGAAUCAUUUACAACAAUCUCCAUGGCAACAGUAGGAGAUCUGGGCGCCACGCCGCAGGUCCUGGUUCUCAUUUGAGGAAAACUCACGAGGCUUUUAGCAUGCAGGCGGAUAAGAAAGAAAAGACCAGACACAACCACUUCAUCAAGACUGCACAGCCGUACAAACCAAAGUUGGACUCGACUGCUGAGCAGAGCAAGAAGAGAAGCAAAGAGGAGAUCGUGGACAUCGAUGACCCGGAGACGCGUCGUUUUCCCUACCCUUUCAACGAGCUGCUCGUCUGGGCGGUGUUGAUGAAGAGGCAAAAAAUGUCUCUCUUCUUCUGGCAGCACGGAGAGGAGAACAUGGCUAAGGCGCUGGUGGCCUGUAAACUCUGCCGGUCUAUGGGCUACGAGGCCAAGAAGAGCGACGUGGUGGACGACACCUCAGAGGAGCUCAAGGACUACUCAAGUGAGUUUGGAACGUUGGCCGUAGAGCUGCUGGAGCAGUCGUUCAGGCAGGAUGAAACCAUGGCCAUGAAGCUUCUUACCUACGAGCUAAAGAACUGGAGCAACUCGACCUGUUUGAAGUUGGCCGUCGGCUCCCACUUGCGACCGUUUGUUGCUCAUACCUGCACCCAGAUGCUGCUGUCUGACAUGUGGAUGGGGCGGCUGAACAUGCGCAAGAACUCCUGGUACAAGGUGAUUCUAAGUAUCUUGGUGCCUCCUGCCAUCCUGCUCCUGGAGUACAAAUCUAAGGCCGAGAUGGCUCACAUCCCUCAGAGCCAAGACGACCACCAGAUCACCAUGGAGGACAGUGAGCACAACUUCCAGAACGUGGCUGAAGACAUUCAGAUGGAUGUUUUCAAGGAGGCCAGAUCACAUGACCAAGUGGAGGCAAAAAAUGACAUGGAGACGCACGUCCGAUCCCGGAAACUGCCCUUAACCAGGAAAAUCUAUGCCUUCUACCACGCUCCCAUUGUCAAGUUCUGGUCCAACACGCUCUUCUACCUGGGCUACUUGAUGCUGUACACAUACGUGGUGCUGGUAAAGAUGCCAGACUGGCCUUCUCCUCAAGAGUGGGUCGUCAUCCUCUACAUCUUCACCUCUGCCAUCGAGAAAAUCCGUGAGAUGUUUAUGUCUGAAGCAGGAAAAAUAAGCCAGAAAAUAAAGGUGUGGUUCAGCGACUAUUUCAAUGUGUCAGACUUUCUGGCUAUCGUGACCUUCUUCAUCGGCUUCGGCCUGAGGUUAGGUGGAGGGGCCGCCUUCGUUCCUGGCAGGAUCGUUUAUUGUCUCAAUAUCAUCUUCUGGUAUGUGCGACUCCUGGAUAUUCUGGCCGUUAACCAGCAAGCUGGUCCGUACGUCAUGAUGAUUGCCAAGAUGGUGGCCAACAUGUUUUACAUCGUGGUGAUUAUGGCCGUGGUGCUGUUGAGCUACGGCGUGCCGAGGAAAGCCAUUCUGUACCCAGACGAGGAGCCCAGCUGGACACUAGCCAAAGAUGUGGUGUUUCAACCAUACUGGAUGAUGUACGGGGAAGUGUAUGCCUAUGAAAUCGAUGUGUGUGCCAAUAACAGUGAUCAAUCAGUAAAGCCUCUUUGUCAAGCAGGCGUGUGGCUGACUCCUCUCCUGCAAGCAGUCUACCUCUUUGUACAGUACAUACUGAUGGUCAACCUUUUAAUUGCCUUCUUCAACAACGUAUAUAUGCAAGUCAAGUCCAUUUCCAAUAUGGUGUGGAAGUUCCAGCGCUACCAUUUCAUUAUGGCCUAUCACGAGAAGCCUGUCCUCCCUCCCCCGUUCAUCCUCCUGUGCCAUAUUUACUCGCUCUUCUGCAUGUGCAGGAAGAGGAAGAAGGAGAGUACCUACGGACCAAAGCUGUUUCUCACUGAAGAAGACCAAAAAAAACUUCACGAUUAUGAGGAGCAGUGUGUGGAGAUGUACUUUCAUGAAAAAGAAGAUCAGUUUCACUCGGGGAGUGAGGAACGCAUACGUCUUACCUCCGAACGGGUGGAGACGGUGUGUUUGCAGCUGAAGGAGGUCGGAAACAAGGUGAACUUUAUAAAGCGUUCCCUGCACACGCUGGACUCCCAGAUCGGUCACCUCCAAGACCUGUCGGCUCUGACCGUGGACACGCUGAAGACCCUGACGGCUCAGCGGGCGUCCGAGGCCAGCAAGGUCCACACCCAGAUCACCCGGGAGCUCAGUCUGUCCAAGAACGUGGGCCCCAGCAUCGCCCCCGCGCCCACGGACUCCAAGUCCUCCGCGAUCGGCAAACGCAGCGUGGGGGCCUACUUCGGCUCCUCCUUCCCCCAAGCGGGGGCCACCAUCGCCGACUCCCUGUUCGGCAGCGCCGCAGAGAUGAGGACCGAGCCCGAAAGCCGGCGCAGAGUCGGGCCCAGCGCCGGAGCGGAGCGCGGGCCGGACCCGGCCGUCAACCCGCCGCCGAGUCCGGAGAAGAGAGGCUUGUUUGGGCUGGGACACCUCGCCGCGGAGGCCGGCUCCUCGGGCAGCGCCGGCUCAAGUGCCUUCGCCCAAAGUGCCGCGGCGGCGUCGCCCACCGAGCUGCGUCUCCGGGGCCACUCCCUCACCCACAGCAAGAUGACCCGUCCGCAAGAGCUGCGCCUUUCCGACACACCCUCCAGCUGUCCCAACGUGCCCUCCGCCGGGGCUCAGUUCCACAUCAGCAGCACCCCCUCCCAGCCCAGCGGCUCCAGCCACCCCGACCUCGCCCUGGCCGGGCCGUACCAGUCAGACUGCACCUCCGUAGAGUUCGGGGCGUUUGUGGGACACAAAGACAGUUUGGAUCUUCAGCACGCCUCGCCCAAAGACGCCUCUAGUCGACAGCAGAGUCCCGUCACACACACCGGACCGCAGACUCAGCCUGAAGGUCACGUUAACAUCCGAGCGGUCAACUCGUACGCCGGCUUCUCAGAGUUCGACAGAAAGCCAGCUUUUCUUCACCCUGAAUCCACUCUGAAGAAAGAUCGCAGCAGAGUGUCUGCUGAAGACAUCCUCAUCCACGAAGACCCCAGAGCUGCAGUACUGGAGAGAGUUCAGGUGAAAUCAGCCCAAGCGAGCAGCCUAAGAGCUCCUGGCGAAGAAACACUAAACGUCGCAGUUUCCCUCUACACACCUCGACACACCCAACUCGGAACCAGAAAGGACUCUAUUGGUUCACCAUUCAAGCCCAUGGAAAGCUACCAAUACUCAGCUGUGGAGAGAAACAACUUGAUGAGACUGUCCCAGAGUAUCCCCUUCACGCCUGUCCCACCCAGAGGGGAGCCGGUGACGGUGUACCGUCUGGAGGAGAGCUCCCCCAACACCAUCAACAACAGCAUGUCCUCCUGGGCCCAGAGGGGCCUCUGUGCCAAAAUCGAGUUCCUGAGCAAGGAGGAGAUGGGCGGGGGACUGAGACGGGCCCUGAAGGUGCUCUGCACCUGGUCCGAGUACGACAUCCUGAAACCAGGACACCUGUAUAUAGUCAAGUCCUUCCUUCCUGAGGUGGUCCAGACAUGGCAGAGCAUCUACAAGGAGGACACCGUGCUGCACCUUUGUCUCAGGGAAAUUCAACAACAGCGAGCUGCUCAGAAACUGACUUUUGCCUUCAACCAAGUCAGACCGAAGACAAUCCCAUAUUCACCGAGGUUUCUGGAGGUGUUUCUGCUGUACUGCCACUCUGCUGGACAGUGGUUUGCCAUAGAGGAGUGCAUCACUGGAGAGUUCAGGAAGUUCAACAACAAUAAUGGAGAUGAGAUCGUCCCCACCAACCUGCUGGAGGAAACCAUGCUGGCUUUCAGCCACUGGACCUACGAGUACACGCGCGGCGAGCUGCUCGUCCUCGACCUGCAGGGCGUUGGAGAGAUUCUGACGGAUCCGUCGGUUAUAAAAAGUGGGGAGAAGGGAUCUUACGACAUGAUAUUUGGACCUGCUAACCUGGGGGACGAUGCUAUCAGGAACUUCCGCGCUAAACAUCACUGCAACUCCUGCUGUCGGAAGCUGAAACUUCCCGAUUUGAAGAGGAACGAGUACACGCCAGAUAAGGUGACAUUCCCUCAAGAGGACCCUCCCAACCCCGGGGGGGGAGUCAAGGAGACCCGCCAAUCAAUGAGACUGAUGCUGUGAUCAGUGUGUGUGUGUGUGUGAGUGUGUGUGUGUGUGUGUGUGCGUGUGUGUGUGUGUGCGUGCGUGUGUGAGGAGGAUGGUUUUAUGAUCAAUAGCCAUCAAGGCCAAGCAGAAGGAAGGUGCACCUAAUCAACUGGAAUACAUCGCUGCAGCGUUUCCGUGGAAACCAGUGCAUGCAAAAUCUGUCAUGUUGUUGGUUUUUUUUUUUUUUUUUUGCUGUCAAACAAACAUCGUAAACUUUCUUUUUCUUUUCUUUUCUUGUACAUACAUGGAGGCAGAGGGAGAUAAACUGGGUAUAUCAAUAGGUACAGUGUCAUUGCAGGGGGGGUUAUUUAUUUUAAAAGUUUAAAAAAAAAGUUGCCUUGUUUUAACAAAAGACAGAUAAAAAGAACAAAACUAAGUGCAUUGUGCAUCUUGUUACAGCAGCUUCAGGAAGGGCCUGCUAAAACCGAGUCACUGCAAUGAUGUAAAUCACCACCAGAUCAUUUUUAUAAAUGUACAGACUUGUAUCACAAACUUUUUGUCUCAUAGCUAAUGAAAAUAUAUACAUGAAUUUGAAAUCUUGUAAAAAAUAUGGGCAGAUUGCAAUGCAACUUUUACAGUAAAAUGUACGUCAUUUUAUUGUAUUGGAAGUGUGUCCACGACAAUAUUGCUGACAGUUUUUAAUGUUGGAAAGGUACUAUUGCUAUAUCUUUGUCAUCAACUAUUGUAUGAUCGAACAACAAUCUACUGUAUCUUAUAGAUACACUUAUGUGGCAUGAGCUUAACAGAUUCAAAUAUUUUAUUCAGGGGAACUGACAGACAUAAGGGUAUUGCUGUAUUCAUUUUGUACUGAAUCACAUUUUAAACAAAUAAA